AUGUCACAACGACUCAAGGAUGAUCAGCCAGAGCUAUCGGAGAUGCCUCAGAUGAUGGUGAGAGAAGCACUAAAUUCUGCCCUUGAUGAGGAAAUGACAGCUGAUCCUAGAAUAUUUUUAAUGGGCGAAGAGGUUGGGGAAUACCAAGGUGCUUACAAGGUCUCUAAAGGACUCUUGCACAAGUAUGGCCCUGACAGGGUUGUUGAUACCCCAAUUACUGAGGCUGGGUUUACUGGACUUGCUACGGGAGCCGCAUAUUAUGGACUUAGGCCUGUCUUAGAGUUCAUGACCUUUAACUUUGCCAUGCAGGCAAUAGACCAUCUGGUUAACUCUGCUGCCAAAACACACUACAUGUCUGGUGGGAAUAUUAGUGUUCCUAUUGUUUUCCGAGGACCGAAUGGUGCUGCUCUAGGUGUUGGUGCUCAGCACUCUCAGUGUUAUGCUCCAUGGUAUGGGUCUGUCCCUGGCUUGAAAGUUGUGGCGCCAUAUUCAUCUGAAGAUGCGAGAGGACUUCUAAAAGCAGCUAUCAGAGAUCCUGAUCCAGUUGUUUUUCUUGAGAAUGAGUUAUUGUAUGGCGAGUCUUUUCCUGUGUCGGAAGAAGUUCUUGAUCCAAGCUUUACUCUUCCCAUAGGGAAAGCAAAGAUAGAGAAAGAGGGAAGAGAUGUGACAAUUACAGCAUUCUCACGGAUGGUUGGCUAUGCUCUCAAGGCUGCAGAGAAGCUUGCGAAGGAGGAUAUUAAUGCUGAGAUCAUUAAUAUUAGGUCAAUUAGGCCAUUAGACAGAUCUUCCAUCAAUGCUUCGGUGAGAAAAACUAACAGGCUGGUUACUGUGGAAGAAGGAUUUCCUCAACAUGGCGUCGGUGCUGAAAUCUGUGCUUCAGUUGUCGAGGAAAUAUUUGAGUACCUCGACGCCCCAGUUGAAAGGAUUACUGGUGCAGAUGUUCCAAUGCCUUAUGCUGCCAAUCUUGAAAGGAUGGCUCUUCCACAGGUUGAAGCCAUUGUUCGAGCAGCCAAGAGGGUGUGUUACAGAUUUAUUCCCAAGGCAGCUGCUGUUUGAGUUUUGUAAUCUCCACCUACUUGUAUGCUUUUAUUUGUAAAAUAAAUGUGGAGAUGUUCACCGUAGUCAAUUUGGGCUUUUUAUUGCUCGAGAGGAAUUCUACUAGAGCAGCUUCACAUAUAGUAAACAUAAAAAUCAAAAUCAUAUUUGUAUGUUAUAACUAUAGUUUGUUUAAUUGCAUUCCAUUAUGUUUGUUAUGGAGUAUCAUAUUGUAUAACUCGCUGGCUCUUUUUCAUAUUUGUAUAAUUUUGCAUUCAGCCUCUCGUUUGUAUAUUUGUAUAAGUCAUUGGCUGUCUCUCAAUU